CAGUGGUCGGAGCGUACACCAAGAUGUUCGCUGGCAUGCUGAUCGAAGGAGCCCGAGAAGCACAAGCAGAAUGGAUGGCUGCGAAUCCGACAAGACCCGAUGGUGGAGAACAGCUAGCUUACAAACGACUAAGGCUGAUGCAGCCCGAAAGCGAAGAUGAAGACGAGGAUAACCAAGGGCCGGAAGAAGAAAAGGACGCGGAUCAGAGCAAGCCAUCGCAAAAUGGAAAUACGGCGCCUUCAAAGGGCAAUGCGACGCCCAAUGGCGAGUCUUCUCCCGCAGAUGCCAAACCCGCUCUGCAAGAAUCACCCGACAGCGCAGGCAGCGCAAAGCCAAAUGGCAGUCAGUCGACUCCUACCCUGACGAACGGCUCGCAGUCUACUCUGAAGGACAGUACACCUAAGAAGAAGCCGCAUAAGGGUGAACUUGAUUUGGAUGAUCUACCAGACGACUUUGGUCAGGUUCAGCCUGGUGCUUGGGGCCUUUCCAAGUACAUCGAAGAAUGUGAUCGAGGACCACUCCUCCCAGACCACUUGCGCGAGGCUCUGAGGAGGUACAAGAAGUCGCGAGCCGGAGGGAACGUAGGUUUCACUGGCAUCAGCAUGUUUGGUGUCGAUGGUAGAGAUAUUGCUGCGCCUAGGAUUGGUGGAGGCGGCAAGAGGAUGUUUAGAUGAAGAGCCAGGUUGAUCUUUUUCCAGCGAGCGAUAUCGAGAUACCCAUUGCUACGAGCGUGCUACAUAAAUAGCACAAGAUACUAUUGCAUUC